AUGGUGACAGCGGAGAGCGAGGGCGUGGGGCGAGUGGUGGAGCGAGCGCGUGGAGCGAGCCGCGUGGAGCGAGCCGCGUGGAGCGAGCGCGUGGAGCGAGCCGCGUGGAGCGAGCCGCGUGGAGCGAGCCGCGUGGAGCGAGCGCGUGAAGCGAGCCGCGUGAAGCGAGCCGCGUGGAGCGAGCGCGUGGAGCGAGCCGCGUGGAGCGAGCCGCGUGGAGCGAGCCGCGUGGAGCGAGCCGCGUGGAGCGAGCCGCGUGGAGCGAGCCGCGUGGAGCGAGCCGCGUGGAGCGAGCCGCUGGAUGCGGAAUUCAACACCGAGCGGAGGCUGCUGCCUCCUAGGCCCGACAGCCCCACGAGCCACGCUUCACCGCUCCACCAACACCACCGGCACAACCACCGCCACCACCACUACACGGCCUGCGAUGAUUACUACCGAUCAGACGAGCACUCGGAGGCGGUGCAGGACGCACUGGCGAGGCAGCGCGAGCGGCGCUCGGGGGUCCCCAUGCCUUCCAAACGCGACUCGCUAGUCGCACAGAUGUCCGUGGACACCUACACCCCCCCAGACACCUCGUCCGCAUCCGACGAUGACGGCUCUCUGCACUGCCCGGCCGUGGACCGCGAAGACGGCGGCGGCGCCGGCGGUAGCGUCGGCGGCGCCACCCCCUCCUCCGCCAGCCCGUGCAGCCUCAGCGUGGAGCGGUGGAUCAGCCGGGCCGUGCGGCGCUCCUCCACCUCCUCCUCGUCCGCCUCGUCGUCCUCCUCGCACAGCGCCGGCCGCUCGGCCGACCGGCGCUCCGUGAGCUCCGACUGCACGCCGGUCCGCGGCGGAGCAAUCGGCCGGCCGGCCGCGGACGCCAUCCACCACCACCGCCAUCGCCACCACCACCUGCACCACCACCAGUACCAGCAGCAGCAGCAGCUCCACCAGUUCCACCAGCACCACCACCACCAGCAGCAGCAGCAGCACUGGCCGACGGGCGACGGCGCCCGGUUGUCGGUGUCGCACGGGGCGCUGGCGUGCCUGGGUGGCCCCCGCUGGGCCGACGGGACGGGCGUGGCCACGGGGGGGGCCGGGGGGGCGGAAGCGCUGGCGCCGGGGCCGCUGGGGCCGGGCGCCGCCUGCAGCGUCGGGGCCCUCGCCGACGCCGUGGCGGGCCGCUCGCGAGUCGGGAGCUACGGGGCUCCGCCGGACGUGACGAGCGGCGCCAGCGAGCGCCACCCCCCGGGGCGGCCGCCCCAUGCCAAGCGCUCGCACGUGGCCUCCGUGCGGGGCCUCCCACGCCGCCUCGGCAACGUUGAGCUCAUGGAGACGGCCGACGGAGUCCCGGUGAAUAGCCGUGUCUCCGCCAAGAUCCAGCAGCUGGUGGAGACCCUCAAGCGGCCGAAGAGACCUCCGCUCAAGGAGUUCUUUGUGGACGACUCGGAGGAGCUCCUGGAAGUCCACCAGCCGGACCCCAACCAGCCGAGGCCUCGCGGUCCCGAGAUGAGGCCAGGGCGGGGUGAGAGGUUGGUGGUGGGUCCUGGUGGCGGCGGCGGUGGUGGCGGUGGCGGUGAUUGUGGUGAGUGCAGUGAGUGCGGUGCGGCGGGGGCGUCACUCGAAGCGGUGCUGGAGCGGUGGGGGAGCACGGCCUCCAAGAUGCCGUGCACCACGACGCUGGACGCCUACGGCAAGCCGCUCGGCACGCUCACUUACGGGAAGCUGUGGAGCCGGAGCAUGAAGGUGGCCUUCGCGCUGCUCCACAAACUCAGCGGCAAGCCGGACGGCGGACUCAAGCCGGGACACAGGGUGGCGCUGGUGUACCCCAACAGCGACGCCACCGCGUUCGUCACCGCAUUCUACGGCUGCCUCCUGGCACAGCUCACGCCGGUGCCCGUCGAGGUGCCGCUCUCUCGCAAGGAUUCGGCGAGCCAGCAGAUCGGCUUCCUGCUGGGCACGUGCGGCGUGGCCGUGGCGCUCACGAGCGACGCGUGCCACCGCGGCCUUCCCAAGGGCCCCACCGGUGACAUCGUGCAGUUCAAAGGCUGGCCCAAGGUGCAGUGGUUCGUCACCGACUCGCGGAACCUCUCGAAGCCGCCCAAGGACUGGAGGCCUCACGUCCACGAGGCCGACGACAGCACGGCCAUGAUCGAGUACAAGACGGGCAGGGAGGGCAGCGUGGUGGGCGUCACGGUGACGCGCCGCGCCGCCCUGGAGCACUGCCGCGCCCUGCGCCAGGCCUGCGCCUACAUCGAAGGGGAAACCAUGGUGAAUGUCCUCGACUUCAAAAAGGACGUGGGUCUCUGGCACGGGAUUCUGGCGGGAGUGUUCUGCAUGCUGCACGUGGUGUGCGUCCCCUACGCCCUCAUGAAGGUCAACCCCGUGUCCUGGCUGCAGAAGGUGUUCGCUUACAAAGCGACCGUGGCGUGCGUGAAGUCGCGCGACCUGCACUGGGCCAUGGUGGGCUUCCAGGAGCAGAAGGACGUGGAGCUCGCCUCGCUGCGCUCGCUGCUCGUCGCCGACGCGGCCAACCCCUGGUCGCUGUCGUCCUGCGACGCCUUCGUGUCGACGUUCCGGUGCCGGGGCCUGCGCCCCGAGGCCGUGCAGCCCUGUGCCUACUCAGCAGAGGGGCUCACCGUCGCCAUCCGGCGACUCCGCCAGGCCGGUAUGGUGAGCGUGGUGAGCCGUGUGGACGGCUCCAUGUUGGUGAGUGGCCGGCGCCACAGCUCGGACGACGUCGUGGCUACGGUGCUCGCUGUGGAGCCCGGCAAGUUCGUCUUCCGGGGGAGGAUCGCAGUGUUCUCCAUCACCGUUCUGCAUGACGAGCGGAUCGUGGUGGUGGCCGAGCAGCGUCCGGACGCAUCGGAGGACGACAGCUUCCAGUGGAUGACUCGGGUUCUGCAGGCUGUGGACGGUGUGCACCAGGUGGGCGUCUACUGCCUGGCGCUGCUGCCCGCAAACUCGCUGCCCAAGACGCCGCUGGGUGGCAUUCACCUGUCGGAGGUGCGCCAGCGCUUCCUGGAGGGGACCCUGCACCCCUGCAACGUGCUCGUGUGCCCGCACACCUGCGUCACCAACCUGCCUAAGCCGCGGCAGAAGCAGCCAGUGGAUGUGGGCCCGGCCUCCGUGAUGGUCGGGAGUCUGGUGGCCGGGAAGAGAAUCGCGCAGGCGAGCGGCCGCGACCUGGGCCCCUGCGACGACGACCCCACCAAGAAGAGUCUCUACCUCUCCGAGGUGCUGCAGUGGAGAGCCGUCACCACUCCAGACCACGUCAUCUUCAUCCUGCUCAACGCCAAGGGCGCGGUGGCCAGCUCCGUGAGCUGCCUGCAGCUGCACCGGCGCGCCGAGCGGGUGGCGGUGGCGCUGCUGGAGAGGGGGCGGGUGAAUCCCGGCGACCACGUGGCGCUCCUCUACGCGCCAGGGAUCGAGCUGAUCGCGUCAUUCUACGGCUGCCUGUACGCGGGCUGCGUCCCUGUCGCCGUGCGGCCCCCACAGCCGCAGCACGUCGCCACCACGCUCCCCACCGCCAGGAUGGUCGUCGAGGUGAGCAAGUCGGCCUGCAUCCUCACGUCGCAGGCCGUGGUGAAGCUGCUGCGCUCCAAGGACGCGGGGCCCGCGCUGGACGCCAGAGCCUGGCCGCUCAUCAUCGACACAGACGACCUGCCCAAGCGGAGGCCCACGCAGCUCUACUCGCCCUGCGACCCCGACGCUCUCUGCUACCUCGACUACAGCGUCUCCACCAGCGGCACGCUCGCCGGGGUCAAGAUGCCGCACGGUGCGGUGGGCGCGCUGUGCCGCUCCAUCAAGCUGCAGUGCGAGCUGUACCCGUCGCGCGAGGUCGCCCUCUGCCUCGACCCCUACUGCGGCAUGGGCUUCGUGCUCUGGUGUCUCAGCAGCGUGUACUCGGGCCACCAGUCGAUCCUCAUCCCGCCGUCGGAGCUGGAGCUGAACGUGUCCCUGUGGCUGUCGGCCGUGAGCCAGUACCGCGUGCGGGACACCUUCUGCUCCUACUCCGCCAUGGAGCUGUGCACACGCGGUCUCGGCACCCAGACCGACGCACUCAAGGCGCGUGGCGUGGACCUGUCGCGGGUGCGCACGUGCGUGGUGGUGGCGGAGGAGCGUCCGCGCGCCACCCUCACGCUCUCCUUCUCCAAGCUGUUCCGCCACCUGGGCCUGCACGCCCGCGCCGUCACCACCGCCUUCGGCUGCCGCGUCAGCCCCGCCGUGUGCCUGCAGCCUCACAGGCUCGGGAAGACGUCAGAGCAGCAGAGUGCGGCAGGGCCCGACCCCACGACGGUGUACGUGGACACGAGGGCGCUGUGGCACGACCGGGUUCGGAUUGUGGAGAGGGGAGCUCCUCACAGUGUCGCACUGAUGGAGUCAGGCAAGAUCCUGCCGGGCGUGCGGGUCAUCAUCGUGAGCCCCGAGCACCGGGGUCCCCUCGGGGACUCCCACCUCGGGGAGAUCUGGGUGAGCAGCCCGCACAGCGCCAGCGGCUACUUCUCGGUGCACGGCGACGACGCUCGCUGCUCCGAGCACUUUGGAGCACGGCUCAGCUUCGGCGACACGCACACGGCGUGGGCGCGCACCGGCUACCUGGGCUUCCUGCGGCGCACGGAGCUCACCGACGCCAGUGGUGAGCGCCACGACGCGCUGUACGUGGUGGGCGCGCUGGAGGAGGCGAUGGAGCUCAAGGGGCUGCGCUACCACCCCAUCGACAUCGAGUCGUCCAUCCUGCGCGCCCACCGCAACAUCGCCGAGUGUGCGGUGUUCGAGUGGACCGACCUGCUGGUGGUGGUGCUCGAGCUGCAGGGCUCCGAGCAGGAGGCCCUCGACCUCGUCGCCCUCGUCACGGCCACCGCCCUCGAGGAGCAUCACCUCCUGGUUGGCGUCGUGGUGGUGGUGGACGUGGGCGUCAUUCCCAUCAACUCGCGCGGGGAGAAGCAGCGCUUGCACCUGCGUGACGGAUUCUUCGCGGACAAACUCGACCCCAUCUACGUAGCCUACAACAUGUGACGAGGGCACGCGUGACGGCACGUGUUGACACGCGUGUUGAUUAACGUUACGAGACGUCAUGACGCACGCGUGGUGGCACGUGACGACUCGUGGCACGUGACGACAACGCGCGACGGCACGUGGCACACUAUGGGGUCACGCCGUGCAACGUGGACACGCGCGCCGGUAACGUACGCGGAGUGAUGGACUGAUGUGGGUGACGUGCAGGCAGACAUACAGGGUACACACGGACGACACGCGCAGUGCGCUCACCGCUCCACCACCACUCCCACGUACACUGCACAGGACGCACACACAACACACCACCUCGCGUCAACGGCCAAUAGCAGCAGAGCCAGUGGUGGAAAUUCCACGUUACUAUGCCGGGGACCAGUGCAGCAACAGGACAACCCCUGUUGAUUUCCCUCAAAGUGGUGCUACUCCUCCUAUCCACCCAGGGAAGGACGAUGGCUUUUCCGUCGCAACGUCCUGCGUGUGAAGUUGCUCAUUGGGAGCCGCUAUGCGUGAGCGUGUUUAGCCUGGAAAGCCUCACGGAGCCACAAGACUCCUUUGCAGGGGUGCGGGGGGUCCUGCCAUGUGUUCACAGUACGGGGGUGGGGGGGUGGCGGCGAUGCUGCUGCUGUUGCUGCUCCGUGCGAUGCGAAUGCAGUGAUGUUUGCGGUGAUUAUUUAGCAAGUGGUGAUGAUUUGGUGGAUAUCCGUUGUUCCGUUGUUUGUGCGUGUGUGGGUUGUCGCCAUGGGAUGAAACGAGAGAACGCAGAGGAAGCCCCGUGGCAGGGAACGGGGGGGGGGGGGGGGGGGGGGGGAGAGAGAAUGUGUAGAAUGUGCACGCUCCACGCAGACUGGCACUCCGAGGUCGGGAGUCCAACCCAGGCUCCUCCGUGGUGCCGCCGACGUGAAGGUCACGUGUUUAGUUGUGGAACGGAGCGAGCCGCCGAUUCGCCGCUGACUUUUUGGAGUCGGAUCGUGUCGGUAAAAAAAAAAAAGAAUUGCGUGUGUAAUAGUACCCUCUUCCACCCGAUACGGCCGAUGUAGCAACAUUGCCACGUCAAACAAACACUGCCAAUUUAUUGUUAGAGACACGAGCCCACGGCCGUGUGACUGUGGUCAUGUGACCCAAACGAUGGACCAUAAAAUCAACCCAUAGAGACCCAAUGAGACACAGAGACCCAUCGAGAUACACUCAAGACAAGCCACAGUUACGGGCCGCACGGUGAACCCGCUGUGGUCUGCGCUCCUUCGUGUGUGCGCGUGUUUAACUCAUUUCGCACCGUACGUAACCAACCUUGCUGAUCGGAGGUGCGGGAGAAUGACAAACUGGCACGGAAAAAGCAGUUCAACAGAAAUAAUUUUGCAAUCUGGAUUUGCAAAGGGAAAAGUGGUAGGCAGAGGAAAGUGAUUAAGGGACCCCUCGACUUUGUGUGUGUGCGUGUUCAACUUCUUUCGUACCGUACGUAACCAACCGUGCCGAUUGGAGGUGCGGGGAGAGAGUGAUCCACACACAAUGUGUGUCGCACCUCUGGCGAGGGUGGUUGGCUACGUACGGUGUGAAGGAAGUUCAGUUCAACAUACGCACAGCAAUUGGGUCGACACGGACGCUUCGCUGGAAGUUACAACCAGCAUCGUCGGGCGAGUUACUGAAGCGAUCUGCCCCAAAGCAGUCAAUUGUGAAUCCAGUUCUAUUUAGCACAAUAGUCUCAGACAUAUGUUAUAUAUAUACGUCACUACCUAAACAAAUUGUAUAAAAAAGAUUUAAGAUAAAUACUGUGUACAUUGCAUAAGUCGUGUGUAUGUACAAUACCUGGAAAGGUAAAGAUUCAAGCCUCUGGGAUCUAGGUGUGUUUGGCCUACUCUUCCACGUUGGACGAACGUCAAGAAAGGUGUGCGUGUAUGUACAUAUUGUUAGCCAGUUGUCUAAGUCGGUCAACCCGUGGCACCCGAGUCUGUUCUGUGACCUCCUGCCAGCGAGCAUUCGACGCUUCAAGUGGCCUCAAAGUGCACCCGGCCUGGCACAAGCGCUGUGGUGACAUCACCGCCACUUAGUGGUCAAUGGCGGCUGUUGUCAUUGUUGGCACAUUUGGCAGCACAGGAGGUGCCUCUGCCAAGUUAAGGUCGGUCAACCAAUGUGGCACCUGCCUGGGUCUGUCCCGGGACCUCCUCCUGCACCUAGCCUGGCACAGGAGUCCACUAAUGGCACUUAUCUGGGUCUGUUCCGUGGAGCUCCUGGCAACAGCAGCAGCGCCUUCCACACCUUCGUGACAGCCUUCGAGGUGCACCUGGCCUGGCACAAAUAGCGUGGUGACGUCACUGCCACCGAGUGUGAAAAUGGCGGCUGCUGUUGUGCACAUAUACAUACAGACCGAGACUCCUCUACUUACGAACAUUCGACUUACAAACUCGGAUACGAACAAACCUGGUCCGCAUGUCAAGUUGCCCGUUUGGACCGCGAGUCGUACAUCUGCAGAACAUAAAGAACCAGUGGCAUCUACAUCUGCAGAACACGAAGAACCAGGUGGCAUCUACAUCUGCAGAACAUAAAGAACCAGGUGGCAUCUACAUCGAAAGAACGCGAAGAACCAGUGGCAUCUAAAUCUCUAGAAUGUGAAUAACCAGUGACAUGUACAUCUGCAGAACGUGAAAAACCAGUGGCAUCUACAUCUGCAGAACGUGAAGAACCAGUGGCAUCUACAUCUGCAGAACGUGAAGAACCAGUGGCAUCUACAUCAAAAGAACGCGAAGAACCAGUGGCAUCUACAUCAAAAAAACGCGAAGAACCAGUGGCAUCUAAAUCUAUAGAAUGUGAAGAACCAGUGACAUGUACAUCUGCAGAACGUGAAGAACCAGUGGCAUCUACAUCGAAAGAACGCGAAGAACCAGUGGCAUCUACAUCUGCAGAACACGAAGAACCAGGUGGCAUCUACAUCUGCAGAACAUAAAGAACCAGUGGCAUCUACAUCUGCAGAACAUAAAGAACCAGUGGCAUCUACAUCUGCAGAACGUGAAGAACCAGUGGCAUCUACAUCUGCAGAACGCGAAGAACCAGUGGCAUCUACAUCUAUAGAACGUGAAGAACCAGUGACAUGUACAUCUGCAGAACGUGAAGAACCAGUGGCAUCUACAUCGAAAGAACGCGAAGAACCAGUGGCAUCUAAAUCUAUAGAAUGUGAAGAACCAGUGACAUGUACAUCUGCAGAACGUGAAGAACCAGUGGCAUCUACAUCGAAAGAACGCGAAGAACCAGUGGCAUCUACAUCUAUAGAAUGUGAAGAACCAGUGACAUGUACAUCUGCAGAACGUGAAGAACCAGUCGCAUCUACAUCUGCAGAACACGAAGAACCAGGUGGCAUCUACAUCUGCAGAACAUAAAAAACCAGUGGCAUCUACAUCUGCAGAACAUAAAGAACCAGUGGUAUCUACAUAUGCAGAACGUGAAGAACCAGUGGCAUCUACAUCUGCAGAACGUGAAGAACCAGUGGCAUCUACAUCUGCAGAACGCGAAGAACCAGUGGCAUCUAAAUAUAUAGAAUGUGAAGAACCAGUGACAUGUACAUCUGCAUAACGUGAAGAACCAGUCGCAUCUACAUCUGCAGAACACGAAGAACCAGUGGCAUCUACAUCUGCAGAACACGAAGAACCAGGUGGCAUCUACAUCUGCAGAACAUAAAGAACCAGUGGCAUCUACAUCUGCAGAACGUGAACACCCAGUGACAUCUACAUCUGCAGAACGUGAAAACCCAGUGACAUCUACAUCUGCAGAACGUGAAAACCCAGUGACAUCUACAUCUGCAGAACGUGAAAACCCAGUGGCAUCUAAAUUUAUAGAACGUGAAGAACCUGUGACAUGUAUAUCUGCAGAACGUGAAAACCCAGUGGCAUCUACAUCUGCAGAACACGAAGAACCAAGUGGCAUCUACAUCUGCAGAACAUAAAGAACCAGUGGCAUCUACAUCUGCAGAACACGAAGAACCAGUGGAAUCUCCAUCUACAGAAAACAAAGAACCAGUGGCAUUUCCAUCUACAGAAAACGAAGAACCAGUGGCAUCUACAUCUGCAGAACGUGAAGAUCCAGUGGCAUCUCCAUCUGCAGAACACGAAGAACCAGUGGCAUCUACAUCUGCAGAACACAAAGAACCAGUGGCAUUACAUCUAGAGGAGAUUAUACAACUUUUAAAGCCAUUUCUCCAUGUUUAGUGGACACACGCCAUAUGACGUGUUUGGAAUCGACAGGAAUAAAGUUGCACUUACAGGAGUCCCUGUAUAUAUACUUAUAUAUGAUAUAUAGUAUAUAUAUGUACAUACAUAGUACGGAUAUAAACGCAAUACGCUGUGUGUAUGGGGUCGGUCAAGACACGUGAUUUGAGUCGGGGGUUAUUUUUUUGGCGAGUUGACAAAAGUCAACAGUUACUUUUUUACGUUUACUCUCCUUUAAUGUGUAGAGUCGCUCUUUGAAUCGAUAAGCAUUUUCCCCAAGUCGUACACAAAUUAUUCACUAUAUAGAAAGAUAGACUGAUGGUUAAUUUAGUGGACGAGACGAGGGUUCUGUAUAGGACGAUUUGCUGGCUUCAGACAAGCGGCGGCAUGGUUAGAAACAAUUCUAGAUUUGAAGCUUUCGUGACUGCAAGGAUUCAUAUUCUUAGGUUUUUUCGAUAAAGUCACAUAGGUAAAAAACGUUAAAAAGUGAAAUAAAAUAAAAAUCACGACGUUUCGGAGGCAACACAAGCUUCCGUCUUCAGGUGGUACCGUCACAGCCACGACAGCUGUAUCAAGCAGUAGCUCCUGCAAUCUCUCAUUUACUUGAUUGAUUUUUAUUUUAUUUUACUUUUUAAUGUUUUUACCUACGUUUUUACCUACGUGACUUCACAGUCCAGUCAGCCAAUUGCUUUCCAUCGAUGUUCAUCAUGUAGUCGAGUGAAAGUUGUUUUUUUGCUAGUUUUAAACACGUCAUAGUAGUAGGCUUUCGCGACCAAUCUUAUCCAUGAGGUUUUUUUUUAGGAUGAAAUCGCGUCCAAUUGUAAAUGUCGUGAUUGGUUUACCCUCAAACACAGUUGUGCUGAACUGGUAAUUAAUUGGCGUGUUCUGUUUAAGUGACAAACCUUCCUAAUUGGCUGCGUCACGUGGUGGCGGGUUUAACGACACAUUUCUAUUUACGCGAUCUAGCCCAAAAAAAAAAACCCUCUUAUGUAUUUUGUUAUUGAAUUUGAAGGUCACAAGCGGUGAUCGGGUGGCUGCAGGGGGUUCCGCAAUGUCCAUGUCGGGAACACGACACGAAGCCACUUCCACCGAGUCCCCGGGUUCCGGGGUCCUGGCUUCUCAGCUGUCCUUCAAUUCUAAAAACCGGGUUCUCAAGCGAAGCGAGUCGGUGGUCUCAGCCCAGUCACCAAUGACUGUGCAGUCAACAAUGACUGGGCAGAGACCCGUAGACUCUGGACUCAGUUCUUGACAACCGCGGCAAAGUCCCCCCGUGUGCUGCGGGAACAGCACGGCGUUGUCAAGCGAGGCGGCGCGAACCCCUCCAUGCCGUUCAGUGGCCGAUCCAGCCCCCCGCCCCCCCCCCCCCCGCACUCCAGCCCCCGCACCCCCAUGGGUGGGACCGGGCCCGUUCCUCUAAGUUUGUAACUCUUCUUGCGUAUGGCUAAGUCAGUCUGUGUCCCAACUGCUAAGUUUGUGUAUUUGUAUAUAACAGGCGUGUAUAUAUAUGUCAUAUGGGUUCACCCGUGCAGUAGGAUGACACUCAAUAUGCGUAUCGGUUUGAUCGCUCGCUCCUCUGUGUGACUUGUGGAACGUAGCAUUGACUGCCUGAGUCGCCUUCUACUCUGCUCAGUCACAGGGGCUCAAAGUCCCCACCCUCUCCAGCCACUUCAUUCUCUCCUCUGCCUCUACGUGCUUUGAGUGGCACACUAAUACUCACCUACUCACCAUGCACUCGCUCACUCAUCCACUUACCUAUUCGCUCACCGACUUACCCACUCACCGAGCUAUUCAGCCAUUCACUCGCAAACCUACUAAUCUAUUCACUCACCUACUCACCCACUAACUCACUUACCUUCUCAUUCACCCACAUAUUUACGCACAUACUCUUUGGUUCUUUCGCUAAAGUCACGUAGGUAGAAAAAUAAUAGAUCACGACGUUUCGGUCGCAACACAAGCAAUCGUCAUCAGGUGGGACAACCACAGCAAGAACAAACUGCUGAAGUAGGCGACCUCUGCCAUGGCACGAGGUUAUAUAAUAGGCCUCGGCAGUAGGGGGAGGAAAGACAAAGGGGGGGGGAGGCGGGGCAGAAAGUGGACCCCGCAGCAGCAAUCGCGAUCGAAACGUCGUGCUCUAUUAUUUUUCUACCCACGUGACUUUACCGAAAGAACCAAAGCGCAUGGAUUCCUGCAGUCACGAAAGCUUCAAAUCAAUAUUUACUCACCUUCUCACCCACCCACCCACCCACUCUCCCACCUAGUCACUUGGGAUCUCAUCCGCCGCCUCCCUCCCCUACCGUCUCUCGACUCCAAUGAAAUGUCCCCAUCUCUGUCGGGCAACCCGGCAGACGUUGAGUUGAUCGGUCGCGCUCCGAAAACCCGCGGUGGUUUCCGCUCAACGGGCGCAGGGCUACAGCCACGAGAGGGCGCGUGGCCUGUACAGUCACAAACUUGAAUGUCGAGUGUGUUGCGUGCGCAAUGCAUUGACAGAAUAGCGUAACGAACGCGAGGCAGAACAGGGGGGUGCCUUGCCCCCCCCCCAUGCCCCCCACCCCCCCCUGCCCCCCCACCCCUGCCCCCCCCCCUGGUGGUCAAAGUUACGAGUUGCCCCCCCCCCCCCUCCCCCCUUGACCACCACCAUGAUGAGAUUUGUUUGCAACAGUAUCAAAGAACAGCAGUUAUUGAAAACGCGGUUUACUUUUUGUUUCUAGCACGGAGCUGUCGAAGGCUGCAUUUUACCAGGGCGUUGGAGCGCCCCCCGACAGCGUUCAAUGUUCGAUACCGUGAGCGUAACGACGAUGUGGAUGAUGGCAAGCGAUAAAGUAGCCUCGAGGGUGCGGCCGUGCGAGACAAAUCACAACAUUGGGGGGCCCACCUGACCCAUUGCCACACUCCCUGAGCUCACGAUGUUGUUGCCACCACGCUCACCUGCGCCCAAUUGAAGCCACGCGUGCCCCAGGCUUUUUGUACCUUUGAGCUCCAUUCACCUGCGCCACGGGUACUGUGCAAUUCGGCUUCAGUUUCGCCUCUGCUUCAUCUUAACUCUAGAUUUGAAGCUUUCGUGACUGCAAGGAUUCAUAUUCUUAGGUUUUUUUCGGUAAAGUCACGUAGGUAAAAAAAUUAAAUUAAUAAAAGUCGUGGCUGUGACGGUUCCACCUGAAGACGGAGGCUUGUGUUGCUUCCGAAACGUCGUGAUUUUUUAUUUUGUUUUAUUUUACUUUUAUUCAUUUAAAAAUUUUACCUACGUGACUUUACCGAAAAAAACCUAAGAAUAUUCAUCUUAACUGGCUGCUCACCUCUACGCUGCAUUUAGAGUUACUCUUCAAAGUUGCGGUGUCGCUACGCGGGGUCCCGGCGACUUCUCGGGCCGUUGUCCGACGUUCCAGCUCCGCCCGCACGACGCUUCUUCAGCACGCUUUGAUGCCAACGCAGAACUCCCCUGUGUAGAGACUUUACCUGUCCGGUGCUCGUAACGUUACUGAUGAACCGAGUUCAACCCGGGAUAUGACUUCACCUGUUCAUUGCUCUCACAUUUUCUGACGAACCGACUUCAACCGGGGAUAUAAGUUCACCUGUGCGUUGAUCUCACCUGUGCAGUGCUCUCACCUUCACGCUCUCUUCGACUCUAUACGGAUCUCACCUUUGCAUCGAAUUCACCUGCAGAAAAUGAACUCGCCAUGUGCGAAUUCAGUUCCCACUUUUAUACGAACUCACCUGCACGCCUCGCUUGUCCGUGUGCAAAUAACUCACCUGCCCGACAGGUGUGGUGGGUGGAUGGGGUUUUUUUGUUGUCGUACGUACGUACCUGUGUUGACUCAUUUACCUGUGCACCGGAUUUACAUUUGUGGCUGGGGAUCGAGCUACCGCUAUACCGAGCUCACCUAUGCACUGGGGUUUACCUGCCCGAUUAGACUCGCCUGUGUUGCAAUGAGCUCACUACCUGUGCACGGUGCUUCUCUCACGUCUCUACGCUGGGAAUUACCUUUGUACGUACUCGACUUACCUGUUUGGGUUUCACCUGUGCGGCAAGAUUAGCCCCGUUUGUACUCGCCUGCACAACUGUACUCAAACCUGUACAAAUCUGCUCGCCUGCUUGGUCAGGGUUUUGCCCACACCGUGGUUUCCUCUUUGUACGCGAGAUUUGUCACUCGACUAAACCACGGGCGUGGGAGAAAGCGGGUUUUUAUAAUUGUUUAACAAUGGAAAUGGGUAAGCGAGUUCAUGAUGGUGAUGGCGAUGAUGGUGACGAAUUAAACUGAACACGCAGUUUAACCAUCCUGA